AAUAUGAAUGGAGCCUAUUAUCUUUUUUGCAUCACCACCCAACCUUGAAGAACUUUGCUGUGUCACAGUGACCAUCAAACCCCAGGGUGUUGUAACUGGUCCACUUCUAGCUAUACAGCCACACAUAAUUAAAUGCAGGGAAAUCAUAUUUACAGAGCCAGAUGUUAUAGCUACUCCAUCUUAUGAUUGUGAUAACAGCUUUAAUAUCAUUAUGAAGCAAAGCUUUUUCAAAACUGGGAGAUUACAACAAAGACUUCAAAAACAAGGAAUGCAGCUCAGCAAACCAUACCGGGUUAGUCCAUAUUUGUACCAAUCAUGCUUGAAAUACACAAUCAUUGCAAAGCUGGCUCCUGUGUGGAAUAAAGCAGGGGAUUGGUUCUUGCAAGGGAGAGAGUUUCUAGUGCAUGUUGGAUUUAUAAAUGCUAUAAAAAUGGAUCUGGUUGUCAACAAAGAUGAACUUUUUGUCUCCCUGAUUGGAACUGUUGUCAAGUUUUCACCAUUGCAGGUUGAAGAUUUAAAUCUUAGCCAGCAAGAGAUGAUCAACAUACUGAAAUCAACUGAAGGUGAUGCUGGAGAGAUAUCUAUUGCUGAUUGUUGGUGUCAUGUUUUACCAAGUAUGAAGCGAGGUAGAAUUACCACAUUGUCUCUUACCAUCCCACAUGGAAGUCCAUUUAGCUCAUACAAUGACCUGAAGAGGCAUUGGAAAAACAUGUAUGGCUACAGACUUCCAGAUACAGAUGAAGACAUUUUGUAUUGUCAAGUCAGUUUCCUUCCCUCUGGUCUUGGUAAAAGGUUCACUUAUCCCAGUGCUUGCUUGAGACCAGGCCCAUUGCAAAUCAUUCAACGCACAGAUCCCAAACCUAUCUUGACUGCAUUUUUACAAGAACUCCACAGUAAAAUGUCAUCAGUUUGUAACAGCAUGUUGAGAUUUCAGCCAAAACUUCGCUACGCUGCACCAUCAUUGCAUUUAGCUGGAGAGCCCUCUGACCGGAUAAAUUUAUCUGCAAGGCCUGUCAAAACAGUUUCUGGUCCAGUAAGAAAUAUAAAUUCCUGCUCAAAAGUUAACAGUGACUGUAACGGAGAAAAGAAGACAAUCAAAGAAAGAUUUACAGACAUUGCCAGCAAUAAACCAAAUGGACCUGAAUUGAACAAAGAAAUUAAAUUGUCGGCAGCCCAAUCACAGUUCAUCUCUACAGCUAGUUUUAACGAAGACACAAACUUGUCCCCACCAUGUCACGACAAAACCGUAUCACAACAGUCUCUGUCAGCAGACACUCGACAUGAAAACACAUCAGACUCUCUUAAAACAGAGCAAAAAUUUGUGCCUUUGUUCAGACCAAAAACAAAGCCAUUUUCUUCACAGAGCUGCAAUAGACCUAGUUCUGCUAAAGAUCCAAUCGUUCCUAUUUUCAAAACUAAACCAUAUCAUGAUCACACACAUGUCCCCGUUAAAGAUACAACCAUUAAAUCAAAUAAUACUGUUAAAGUAAAUGCUAGCAGUUCUUGUGCGCCCACAGCUACCACACUAAAGCCAGCCCCAUCAUUAGUACAGCUUCAUGAUAAACCUACUACACUGACUAGCAUCAGUAAGGUACAGCAGUCCAUCAGGGCAACCAAUGUUGGAUAUAGUUGUAAAAACAUUUACAACAGUAAAGCUGAGGAGGGUGGAAUCAGCCUAUCACAAGCUAGUAACAGCAGCCUCACUGAUUCCAAAAGCAAAGGAAAAAAGAGGAAGGAAAAUCAAGAAGGAGAGAUAAGCACUAAGAAACCAAGAGUUAAACCUCAGGUUCAGUCUUUAGAUGUUGACUCUUUAGCAAGAGCUAAUCAGUUGAACAAGGUGAACACAGUAACCCUGACUGCAUGGUUGAAAGAAAGGGGGGUAAUCUGCAAGGCCAAAGACAAGAAGGGUGACCUGGUAGAAAAAGCUUACAAGUACCUGAACAUUACUUGUUCAGAGCAGUAA